CCCCGACCUCGAGAGUGACACCGAGGAGCAGGAGGUGGAGGCGCAGCCGGUGGGGGAGCCGAUCAGGUUCUCGGGAAAAGGGAGAGGGAGGCGAAGUCAUUUCGACUCCUUCGAGUACGAUGGUAUUCAGUAUCAGCUGGUUAGGUCGUGCCGAGAUUUUAGAAACAGAGGUGCUACAACAAUCAUUGAGAAUGAUAACUGACAGAUGGAUUUUUAUCACGCAAUCACAUUUGGUUAUUUCAAUUGUUGGUAUGUGGGAGACCGACCAGUGCUGUAAAUCUAGAUGUGAAGCUGUGUACCAUUUUUGGAGUUGCAACUCACACUCACCUGAGGUGACUCAAACUCCUAGCCUAUUGGUUGGAGGAAAACAUUUUACCAAUUGAGCUGUGCUUUGUCACCGUGAAGUUAGUUGUGUACCAUUAUGCCAUAGUUAUUUUACUCAUUUGUGAUAAUUAUGUGAUGACCUGUAAAAUAUGACUUGUAUGACGUGCCAUUUGUAUCAACUAUUAGCUUGUUUCUGUUUCCAUUUGUGAUUUUGAGAAAUGAGGAUACAUCUCCCUUCGUUUCUCUUUAAUUAUGUCUCUCAGAUGGCUAGUUUUCCUCCCAUGUGCCGUCUUCUGUUCUUUGGUGGGAGUUGACGAGAAUGGAUACAUGCAUGCAUGCUAUAUUCAAACUGUUGUAAUCUUAUUUCUGCAGGAGGAUCCAGUGCUUUUGGUCCCUGAGAAAGGAAAUCAGAAGCCUUAUGUUGCCAUUAUAAAGGAUAUUACUCAAAAACAGGAUGGGAGGAGCAUGAUGGUUACCGGGCAGUGGUUCUAUAGACCAGAGGAGGCCGAAAAAAAAACUGGGGGGAAUUGGCAAUCACAAGACACUAGGGAACUGUUCUAUAGUUUCCACAGAGAUGAAGUGCCUGCAGAAUCUGUCAUGCACAAAUGUGUUGUGCACUUUAUACCUCGAAAUAAGCGAAUUCCUGACCGCAAAGAACACCCUGGUUUUAUUGUGCAAAAGGUAUAUGACACUGAGCAGAGGAGGCUCUUUAAGUUAACUGAUAAAGACUAUGAAGAUAACAAGCAACACGAGAUUGAUCUCCUUGUUCAGAAGACUUAUGCACGACUUGGAGAAAUACCUGACAUUGAGCCUGAGGAUGCUAAUAUGGAUCAAGAAGACCAAACUAAGAAUAGGCGACUUUUAAGGAAGAAGAAUGUUUCACCUUUGGAUGUUUCCAGGGAAGAUGAAGGAAACAAAUCUUUUUCUCUCAAAGCAGAAACUCCUGGAACUGCUCCUGCUGGUGCAACAGAAUAUUACUCCAUUCUGUCAAAACUUAAGAUGUUGACUGGGGAAACACAGCGUGAUAAGUGGCUGGAAAAGCUUCUUCAGUCAAUUCAGUUCAUGUGCACUCCAGCAGACGGUAAGCAGAACAAUGAGGAACAAGGUGGGAUCAAGAAUGGUGGCCCAGAUCAGAGCAAUGAAGUCCCGAAUAAGGGUGAUGUAUCAUUUGACUGGCCUGAUGCUGCUGUUGCGUCUGUGGCUGCUCUUGAGAAAGCGGCACAUGAAGCACUCUCUGCAGAUUUCCAGAAGUAUAACCAAAAGAUGCGUCAAUUAGCAUUCAAUCUUAAGCAUGUUGUACUGGCACGGCGUCUUCUGAGCAAGGAGCUGGAACCUGCACAAAUACUUAAUAUGUCACCUAAUGAGUUGAAGGAGGGUUUAACAGCAGAAGAAAUUGCUAGGAGAGAACCAGAGGAGACGGGGCGCAUGCAGAUGACGGAUGCUCGUUGUAGAAGAUGCUCGGCAAAGCAAGUGGGUUUGACUGAUAUUAUUCAGACUGGGCAUGGUGACCGCUAUCAGUUGGAAUGCGUUUCUUGCGGUAACACUUGGUAUGCUUCGAGAGACGAUGCUGCUACAUUGACCAUAGAAGGGCCUAACUCGGGCAAGGCUGUUGUUGGUACUGCACCAUUGGCUACUGCCAAGUUUGAAGAUGUCGAGAAGGCUUUGGUUAGCCCGCAUGCAGCUGAGGAAGGGAUGGGCGAUGUGCUGAAGAAAACCACGGAAGCAUUUGUUCCAGUGUUGGAAACUCAGCGAUCGUUCAAGGAAAGUCCUGCAACCAACAAGGCCAAGUAAAAUGCAUGUUGUACAUCCUCUAGUUGCUAGUAUUUUGGCCGAAUUUGUUUUUUUGUAUAAGGUCUAGUUGCGCGCGCGUAUAUACAUUGAUAUAUCCAUAACAUAGGGAUGUAUUACCUAUUAACUGCUAAUGAUUUUGUAUCUAGAUGAAGAAAAUGAUAGAGAAGACUGUAAGGUGACACUUUAACCGGAUUUUUACACUUUCAUAUGCUAAUCAUAAUUGAGAGUUGAGACCCUA